AUGGGAAAUACAAAGAGGACAAAAGGUGAACUUCACCCCUGUGCUGAAGGUCCAAAGAUCAGCGUAAGAAGACUGUCUCUGAGUCAGAAUGAUUCAGUCAACAAGAUAUCUUCACAAGAAAUUUCACCUCAAUAUGAGGAAGAACUUCUUCACGUUGAAGGUGGCAGAGCCCUGGACCAGGCUGCCCAGGGAUGUCGUGGAGUCUCCCUUUCUGGGAGGCACAUUCCUGUGUCACCCAUUCCAGAUUUUCUAUCCCUGCGUGUGGAAUCGCGACAAGGGGCUGCUCCGCGGAUUUAUUUUCGCAGACAGAGGGACACCGCCAGGCAUUCGCCGCUCGCGGGGCUCCACGGCCGGCACCACCAGGAGGGGCUGUCAGAGCCUCCCGCCCGGUGCCACGGCCACCGCGCCGCUCAGGCGCUGCCACCCCGUGGGCACCUGCCCUGCACAGCAGGAACGAGCCGCACCCGUGUGCGGGGCGGGCACGGCCGCGGGGCCGCGCAGCGCUGCGCCGCUGGCACGGGCACGGGGCACGGGCACAGGGUACAGGCACAGGGUACGCGCACAGGGCACAGGGUACGGGCACAGGCACAGGCACGGGCACAGGGUACGCGCACAGGGCACAGGCACGGGCACGGGCACAGGGUACGCGCACAGGGCACAAGGUACGCGCACAGGCCACAGGCACGGGCACAGGGUACGCGCACAGGGCACAGGGUACGCGCACAGGGUACGCGCACAGGGCACAGGGUGCGCGCACAGGAUACGCGCACAUGUGCGUCACACGGCCACGCACAGGGGCACGGGCUCACGCGCGCGCACUGCCCGCGGCCGCGCGACCCCGGCGCGCAACAGCGAUUGGUUGGGACGGGGCUGGGAUGGGGCUGGCCGGGCCGGCCAAUGAGAGAGGCCCGCCGCACCGGCCAGCCAAUGGGCAGCCGCGCCCGUGGCCCGGCGCGUCCGGGCCCGCCAGCCUAUGGGGAGAGCGGCGCGGCGCGGCGCGGGCGGGAGGUCGGGGUGGGCCAGUGGCGCCCCCGGAACUGGAAGCGGAGCUGCUUGCCAUCGCUUCCAUCGCUUCCAUCGCCUCCCGUUGUCCCGCGGCGCGCACGAAGGGUUCCCGCGCGGGCCUGCGCUUCUCCCGCCAUGAGCCUGCCCCUGAACCCCAAGCCGUUCCUGAACGGGCUGACGGGGAAGCCGGUGAUGGUGAAGCUGAAGUGGGGGAUGGAGUACAAGGGCUACCUCGUCUCCGUGGACGGCUACAUGAACAUGCAGCUUGCGAACACAGAGGAGUACAUAGACGGUGCGUUGUCUGGACACCUGGGUGAAGUUUUGAUAAGGUGCAAUAAUGUUUUGUACAUCAGAGGUGUGGAAGAAGAGGAAGAAGAUGGAGAAAUGAGAGAAUAGGUGUUUUGUAUUUCUGGAAAUAAACUUUUUUUUUGUUUUGCUUUGUUUUUCAUA